AUGGCGGCGGCGGAGCCCUCGGUGGCCGCGCUGGCUGGCGGCGGUGUGGGCGGGGCGCCGUCGGGCGGCGUGCCGGUGCUCUUCUGCUUCUCGGUGUUCGCGCGGCCCGCGUCGGUGCCCCACGGCGCGGGCUACGACGUGCUCAUCCAGAAGUUCCUGAGCCUGUACGGCGACCAGCUCGACAUGCACCGCAAAUUCGUGGUGCAGCUCUUCGCCGAGGAGUGGGGCCAGUACGUGGACCUGCCCAAGGGCUUCGCGGUGAGCGAGCGCUGCAAGCUGCGCCUGGUGCCGCUGCAGAUCCAGCUCACGACCCUGGGAAAUCUCACGCCUCCCAGCACUGUGUUCUUCUGCUGUGACAUGCAGGAAAGGUUCCGCCCAGCCAUCAAGUAUUUUGGAGACAUCAUUAGUGUGGGACAGAGACUGUUGCAAGGAGCUCGGAUACUAGGGAUCCCAGUUAUCAUAACAGAACAGUACCCGAAAGGACUCGGCAGCACCGUUCAGGAAAUUGACUUAACAGGUGUAAAACUGGUUCUUCCGAAGACCAAGUUUUCUAUGGUGUUACCCGAAGUCGAAGCCGCCUUGGCUGAGAUUCCUGGCGUCCGGAGCGUUGUGCUGUUUGGAGUAGAAACACACGUCUGUAUCCAGCAGACUGCCCUGGAGCUGGUGGGCCGAGGCAUUGAGGUCCACAUCGUUGCUGACGCCACAUCCUCGAGAAGCAUGAUGGACAGGAUGUUCGCUCUUGAGCGUCUUGCUCGAACUGGGAUCAUCGUGACCACUAGUGAGGCUGUCCUCCUACAGCUGGUGGCAGACAAAGACCACCCGAAGUUCAAGGAAAUCCAGAACCUAAUUAAGGCCAGUGCCCCGGAGUCUGGUCUGCUUUCCAAAGUAUAGGAGACGCGGAGGAUGGGGAAUCCUCCUUCCCUCUAGGCGACGGGACUGCAAGCCAGACAAGCCGUCGUCUCUUAGAACUAAUAUGUUAAGUCAACAACAGUUCCUUCUUUGCAGCUCUUAGUAACACUGAACUGGCUAGACCAUUGGGUAAACGUGUUUAGUUACAAUGUCGAGGCUUCAGGUGCUGCUUAGUUAUCUCCCUUGUUUCCUAACGAGCUUUUAGUCAUUAAGACAAAUUACCAUGGAGGUGCCUGUCUUGUCUACACUGUAUACUCUGACCAUAUCUUUCCAAAGUGCACCCUCUGGUGAAGUUUUCUUAAACUGUGCACUUUAAAGGGGAAAAAACAAAAAACCCACCUACCACAGUGAUUUGACUUUUCUAUUGUUGUGAAACAUCCGUUGUAAUGUCAGUGUACCCAGUGGUUUCACUUCCCAGGCUGACUGACCAAUGAUCCUGGAUGAGAAUUGACAAGCAGGACUCUGGAUCCAGUAUCUGCUCCUCUCACAGUGUUGGGGUUACUGACUGAGUGACAUGCACCGACUUAACCACAGCAAAUUAUCUUAAAUAUUGUGUAUCUGUCUUGAUUGCACUAAUUUCCUUAUUCCCGUUAGCGUCUUUGUGGAUUUUCUUCCUCUGGCUAACAGUCUAUGUUAACGUUUUUUUCUUCCACUGAAUGUUUUAUUUCAGACUUGUAAACAGGUGGGAGUGGUUUGCAGUGCUGGGUAAUUGACAGAGGCACACCGUAACAUAAUGAAUGCCUUUAGUCUUUUUGACUGCAUCUUUUACUGUACACCGGAGUUGCUAGAGAAACGCUAGGUAAAAUGGAGUUUAAAAUGCCCAUAUUCCCCUUCAAACAUUGUUAUGGCUGACAUCAUCAACAGGACUCUUAGCGGUAAUACUGUGGUCAUUGUUAAUCCAUCAAGAAACUUACUUUCAUUUCAUACUGAUUAGUGCUUAAAAAACAUUUUAAUGUAUGUUGUGAUCAGUGGAACAUCACUCUCUUUGUAUAAAAUUAAAGAAAAUGUAUUAUGUAAGUGAAAUUGUUUGGUUUCCCAUGACUCCAUGAAUAUUAGUCAGUGAAUUGUAAUAAGUUUUCAAAGGCAACAGAUUUGAUAUUUAUAAUCUUAUAACUUAUCAGAACUUACAAAGGAGCAGAAUCCGGCGCAGGCCCAGACCGAUAGAGUUCCCUCAGAGUUUUCCUGUUAGCACUAUCGAAAUGUGUUUUGUUGUUUGAGCCUUGGUAAGGCACCGCAGCCUAGACUUCUUGAUGUGCUCAGUGGUUCUCAACCUCUGGGCAGUGUCCACAGGGGUUGCAGAUCAGAUAUCUUUCCUAUCAGGUAUUUAUGUUAAGAUUCAUGACAGUAGCAAAGUUACGGUUAUGAAGUAGCGAUGAAAAUAAUUGUAUGGUUGGGUUGCGUCACCACCACGUGAAUAACUGUAUUAAAGGGUUGCAGCAUUAGGAAGGUUGAGAGCUCCUGCUUAGAAGAUGAGUCUAGAAAGAAGCAUCAUAUAGCUAUCCACAUUUUAAGAUAAUUUCUAAUAAGUGUAAUCUAGUGUUUUUCAAACGUUUAUUAUCUGGAGUGCUGUUAAAAUACUAGCCCCGCCCCUCUUCAUUAAAAACAGAAAGGCAUUGCCACUGGCAAAGGAAGGAUUUACUGUAGGAAGGUUUCCCUCUCUUGUACCCAUGCCUCUUCCACAGCUGAAGCCAGCUCUGGGACGCUGGAUUCGUGUCCUGUAGCUGCACUAACAAAUGCCAUAGACGCCAUGUCUCAAGACAACAGACUGUUUCAUCUCAAUUCUGUAGAGUUCUAGGGCUUACUGUGCUGACAGCAAAGCUCGUGUUGCUAAGGCUGUGAUCUUUUCUGCGGCCUGUGUAAGGGAUGACUUCUAUCCUGCCGUCCCAUGAUGCUAGAGUCUGCUCGUGUGGGCUUUUAUGUUUGGUUUGUUUUGGUUUAUUUGAUUGUUUUGUCCCUUACUUCCGUCUUCUCAGGCAACAAGUGUGGGUCCUUAGGUCCCUUCUGACUCCCUUCUUCUGCCUGACCUAAGAUCUCAUGGGAUUUAGGGUUCCUAAUUAGCAUCCUUAUUCCACCUGCAGCCUUAACACCGUUAGGCCAUGUAUCUCUUUCCCAGGAUCUAGGGAUUAGGAUGUGGGUAUCUUCACACAGGCAUCAGCUAGGAAGUGAAUUGAAUUAAAUUGUAUCAGGUCCAGGAAUGUAAAUACACGGAAGCUCAGAAUAAUUGUGAACGCUGCCUUCUCUUUUCUGUUUUGUUAAUCAUGCCAAGAAGGUGACAAGGCUUUUACUUUAUGAUUAUAGGAAAACUGGUUGAUUGUAAUACUUUGAAAUGGAAGCGUCUGUGACUUUAUAGGAUAAUGAAAUUCUUUUCAUUGACAUAAAUAAAGAACUUCAGAAUGUAA